GCAGAAGUAACCGUGAGGACUGUUCUCAAGGCUGGCUCUCCCCAAGAUGGCUCCGACUAAUGCCAUCCAACACUCUACGGAAGAGGGAAGCAGAUGUCCGCUAGAGUCCGAGCUGAGAGCAGUGCUGCAGCAAAGGAUCAUGGUCCUUGACGGUGGUAUGGGAACCAUGAUCCAGCAGCAUAAACUUGAAGAGGAAGACUUUAGGGGGGAUGAGUUUAAAGAGCACCCUCUUCCACUAAAGGGAAACAACGACCUCCUCAGCAUCACACGGCCCGAUAUCAUCGUCCAAAUACACAAGGACUACCUGCUGGCCGGUGCUGACAUCAUAGAGACCAACACAUUCAGCAGCACCUCUGUCGCCCAGGCAGACUAUGGACUGGAACACAUGGCCUAUCGUCUCAACAAGGUGUCCGCAGAGCUGGCGAGGAGGGCGGCCGACGAUGUCACCAAACAAACUGGUUGUAAACGCUAUGUGGCUGGGGCAGUGGGUCCCACCAAUAAGACCCUGUCUGUGUCCCCGUCUGUAGAGAGACCCGACUUCAGGAACAUCACAUUUGACGAGCUGGUAGAAGCCUACUCGGAGCAGGUCAGAGGUUUGUUAGAUGGAGGAGCAGACCUCCUUCUGGUUGAAACCAUCUUCGAUACUGCCAACGCCAAGGCAGCCUUGUUUGCCAUUGACCUGCUGUUUGAGAAGAGCUAUGAAAGGAGACCCAUAUUUAUCUCAGGGACCAUUGUGGACCGCAGUGGACGGACUCUGUCCGGUCAGACAGGAGAGGCCUUUGUAGUGAGCGUAUCCAACAUGAACCCUCUAUGUAUUGGUCUGAACUGUGCCUUGGGGGCGACAGAGAUGAGGCCCUUCAUUGAGGCCAUUGGAAGAAGCACCACAGCUUUCAUUAUCUGUUAUCCCAAUGCAGGUCUUCCCAACACAUUUGGAGGGUACGACGAAACUCCAGAAGUAACAGCCUCCAAUUUAAAGGAGUUUGCUACGGAUGGACUAGUGAAUAUUGUGGGAGGCUGUUGUGGAACCACUCCAGGACACAUCAGAGCCAUAUCCGAAGCAGUCAAACACUGUAAGCCAAGAGUUCCUGCUGCUGAUAUUUAUCAAGAAUACAUGCUGCUGUCAGGUUUAGAGCCGUUCAGGAUCGGCCCUUACACCAACUUUGUUAACAUCGGCGAGCGCUGCAACGUGGCUGGGUCACGCAAGUUUGCCAAGCUGAUCAUGGCAGGGAACUAUGAGGAGGCUCUAAGCAUCGCUAAGGCCCAGGUGGAGAUGGGAGCCCAGGUGCUGGAUAUAAAUAUGGAUGAGGGGAUGCUCGAGGGGCCAACAGCUAUGGCCCGAUUUUGUAAAUUAAUUGCUUCUGAGCCAGACAUCGCUCGGGUUCCUCUGUGUAUCGACUCUUCUAACUUCUCAGUGAUCGAGGCUGGGUUGAAAUGCUGUCAGGGGAAGUGUAUAGUCAACAGUAUCAGCCUGAAGGAAGGGGAGGAGGAGUUCCUGCACAGGGCUGCCACUGUGAAGCGCUACGGAGCCGCUGUGGUGGUCAUGGCCUUCGAUGAGGAGGGACAGGCCACAGAUACAGACCGUAAAGUGGAGAUCUGCACUCGGGCCUACGAGCUACUAGUCGGCAAAGUUGGAUUUAACCCCAACGACAUCAUCUUUGACCCCAACAUCCUCACCAUCGGUACGGGCAUGGAGGAACACAACGAAUACGCCAUCUACUUCAUCCGAGCCACCAAAUUAAUCAAGGAGACAUUACCAAGAGCCAGGGUGAGUGGAGGUCUGUCCAACCUGUCCUUCUCAUUCAGAGGGAUGGAGGCCAUAAGAGAAGCUAUGCAUGGAGCAUUUCUCUACCACGCCAUCAAGGAUGGUAUGGAUAUGGGCAUAGUGAAUGCUGGGAACCUGCCGGUCUAUGACGACAUAGACAAAGAGCUGCUGUCACUGUGUGAAAACCUCAUCUGGAACAGAGACGCUGAGGCUACUGAGAAACUACUGGUCUAUGCACAGAACAAUGUGAAAGGAGCAAAGAAGGUGGUUCAGACGGAUGAAUGGAGAGAAGCAAGUGUGGAGGACAGGUUGGAGUACGCUCUCAUCAAGGGUAUAGAGAAGUAUGUGGUGGAGGACGUGGCGGAGUGUAAGGCUCAUGUAGAACGCUACACUCGACCCCUACACAUCAUCGAGGGCCCCCUCAUGAAUGGGAUGAAGGUGGUGGGGGAUCUAUUUGGAGCUGGCAAGAUGUUCCUUCCACAGGUGAUCAAGUCAGCUCGCGUUAUGAAGAAGGCAGUGGGCUAUCUGAUUCCUUUCAUGGAGAAGGAGAGGGAGGAGAUGAUGGCGUUGUCGGGGUCAACUGAGGAAAUAGAUCCCUAUCAGGGCACCAUAGUUCUGGCUACAGUGAAGGGAGACGUCCAUGAUAUUGGCAAGAACAUCGUAGGUGUGGUGCUGGGUUGCAAUAACUUCAGAGUGAUAGACCUGGGCGUGAUGGUUCCCUGUGAUCGGAUCCUCAGAGAGGCCAUCACACAUAAAGCAGAUAUCAUCGGGUUGUCGGGUCUCAUCACCCCCUCUCUGGAUGAGAUGAUCUACGUCGCCAAAGAGAUGGAGAGACUGGGAAUUACAACGCCACUGCUGAUUGGAGGAGCCACCACAUCAAAGACACAUACAGCUGUGAAGAUCGCCCCACGCUACACUUCUCCUGCCAUCCAUGUUCUGGACGCCUCCAGGAGUGUGGUUGUGUGCUCGCAGCUCCUGGAUGAGGCAGUGAGGGAGGAGUACUUUGAGGACCUGAAAGAGGAGUAUGAGGAGGUCAGGCAAGAGCACUACGACUCCCUGAAGGAUCGUAGGUAUCUAUCUCUUUCCCAGGCCAGAGAGAAGGCUCUACGUAUAGACUGGCUCUCUCAGCCCAGACCAGUGCGUCCUCAGUUCCUGGGCACCCGUGUGUUUGAGUGCUACGACCUGAACAGCCUGCUGGACUUCAUCGACUGGAAGCCUUUCUUUGAUGUGUGGCAGCUGAGAGGAAAAUACCCCAACAGAGGUUACCCCAAGAUCUUCAACGACAAGACCGUUGGUGCAGAGGCUUGCCGAGUCUUUGAUGAAGCACAGCGGCUGCUCAACCAAAUGAUUGACAACGGCAGUCUGAAGGGGCGGGGCCUGGUGGGGUUCUGGCGUGCCCAGAGUGACGGCGAUGACAUCCGUGUGUACGAAGAUGAUGUCACAGUAAACAAAGACACCGAGCCAAUCGGCACAUUCCAUGGCUUACGGCAACAGCUGGAGAAGGACAGCUCCAGUUCAGAGCCAUACCUGUGUGUGUCUGACUUCGUCGCCCCCGUAGACAGCGGCGUGGCUGACUACAUUGGCGUGUUCGCCGUGGGCGUGUUUGGAGCUGAGGAGCUGAGUAAGCAGUUCCAGGACCAGGGAGACGACUACAACAGCAUCAUGGUCAAAGCCCUGGCUGACCGGCUGGCCGAGGCCUUCGCUGAGGAGCUCCAUGCCCGCGUACGCAAGGAGCUGUGGGGCUACAGCACAGAAGAGGCUCUGCAGGCCUCAGACCUCCACAGAAUCCGAUACCAGGGCAUCAGACCAGCAGCUGGCUAUCCCAGUCAGCCUGACCACACAGAGAAGACCACCAUGUGGAGCCUGGCUGGGAUCCAGGAGAAGACUGAUAUUUGUCUGACGGAUUCGCUGGCCAUGAUGCCCGCUGCCUCGGUGUCUGGACUUUACUUCUCCAACCCUAAGGCCUUGUACUUCGCCGUGGGAAAGAUCACCAAGGAGCAGGUGGAGGACUACGCCACGAGGAAAGAGAUGCGUGUGGAGGAGGUGGAGAGGUGGCUGGCUCCCAUACUCGGCUACGACAGUGAGGCGUAGCUUGUGACCACUCCUGCAGUAAACUGGACGAACACAGAAUCAGGUUUACAGUCAGACCAAUCCGCUGUAGCCCACACACUCUUACUGCCGCUGCUUACACAUGGAAGUAAACCUGUUAUAUUUUCAGUCCUCUGUGCCAAAAGGUUAUGACAAACCUACUACUACUAUGCACACGGUUACAUUGUAUGAAAUGAUUAAUUUAUCUCUUAAAUGCAUCCUAUGUUUAUUAACGGUUUACUUUAGCAAUUCUUCUUCGAUCAAGCUAAAACGAUCGUCGCUAAUAUUUUUGCUCAAUGUUGAGAUCAUUAUUGUUUUAGCACUCAUCCCUGUGCUAAGUUGGGUAAAACCAAAACAUACCCAUGAAUACCUCUCAAGCUAACUGUUGAUGAACAACAGUUUAUCAAUCUGUCUUUAGCACAAUCGUUGUUACAAACCUGUUCUGUUUGUAUUUGUUAGUGAGCUUUAGAGGCUUUGGUAGGUGUAACUUUGAACCUCGAACAGAACCAGGCUAGCGGUUUUCCCUUGCUUCCAGUCUUUAUGCUAAGCUAGGCUAACUACGUCCUGACUCCAGCUCUGUGCUUUAACACACAAACAAUGAGAAUCUUAACAUCUCACUUUUUCAGAGAUAAUUUGUAUUUUUUUCCCAAAAUGUUGAACUAUUCCUUUGAUGCAAACAGCUUUAGAAGACAUUUGCUUCAGGGAAAAUAGCGGAUUAUGAUUAGGAAAUACCUGAUCAAAGAAUCUGUAAAAAAAUACUAAGAAACUCUUCUUACAUUAAGUGGCAACUGUCCAUACGUGACGUUUUAUAUUUGGUGGUACGGACUAAUUAAUUUGCACUCAACCAAAUCCAAUAUGUAUGAAAGCACAUUAAUAACACUACAACCAAACAGUUAACCCCUUUUUUUUCCAGAUUUCUUUUUUUUCAUUAUUUUAUUGUUCUUGUUUAAAAGUUUUAACAACAUCAACAUUUGCAUCUAGGCCAAAGUGUACUUUACUUGUACUAUAAAAGACAACACAUUUUGGUUUAUUCAGGAUGAUGACUUAAAAGCCACAUUUAAAAUAACUUGUUACAGAAAAUGAGCUGGUGUCCAGCAGCAGCGCUGGGUCUAUUAGUCCCUAUGCUUCACUCCCACUGCUCUGGAGAAGGACAAGCUACAGAGCUAACUAGCCAGCAAGCCGUCUCCAGAGCUGCAUCUGCUUCCCAGACAGCUGCAACACUUUAAGGCCCCGCUGAUGUGUGUUGUCACCAAAACACAUUUUUAUGUCAGAGGCUCAAUAAUGAAAAGUUACUAUUUUUUAUGGGUUGAUACCUGUUUAUUAUUUAAUUUUGAUGGUAAUUGUAUCAAUAAUAAUUGAGUCCACACUCAACGAAUUCAACCUUUCACCAUCUUGUUUCACCUUGAUACAGUUUUCCAUGUAAUGUCAACAAGAGAUCAGUUCAUUAUUUGAAUCUAAGGUUCUAGUGUUUCAUUGGCUGGUUGUUUAAUAAAGCCUAUUCAUUUUGUAAUUUCUGGGGGGAUUGGAGAAGCGAUGCAGAGGAUAUGACAAAUGUAACGAUAAAUUUGAAUUCUUUCUUUCUUUUCUUUUUUUAUCAGGCAGUAUUCAAGUAACCUGUCAACAUCCACACAUUGUUGACAUUUAACCAGGCAUUGUAAUUGUUGUAUUGUGUGUAUACUAAACAACACACUCAUUCAGACAAAUUUAUGGGCUCAGAUUGGGUGUCUGUAAGAUACUGGCCACAUGCAUUUCACACGUGUCUUAAAAGCCCUGAUGUGCUGCAGUGGCUGAUCUCAGUCUGUAUGAAACUUUGUCUUAAUCAAUUUUUUUCUGCUUCUAUUGUAAAAAUAAGUUGUGGAUAAAUAAUGGUGGCAUUGCAAACACUGUAAAGCAUGAGCAAUAGAACAGUGUUUUAUUUUAAAUAAAUCAU